AUGCCACCAAAGAAAUCCAACCCGAAAUCAAAGAAAUCAAAGUCCAAGUCCACGACAGUUUCCAUUCCUCCCGGUGCCCCCAAAUCCGGCCCGUGGUCGACAUCGCGGAUCCUCAAUUCAAGCUCUCCCAUAACAGACAAAGACAUCCACUCGUUCCUCGUCCGAGCCGUGUCCGACUGGUCGACAAGCUACACCGAGGACGAGAAACGAGCGCUCAUCGACGCCCUCCCGCCUCGCCUGCGCGUCCACGACAUCGACGCGUCAUCCGGCACGCUCGUGUGCCCGAUCACGCCUGACUUCGUCCUCGGCGACCAGCACGUCAAAGCGGCCGUUCCGAAAUUCAAACAGCACGUCGCUGACGGCUUUUACGAAAAGGGAUGGCAGAACCGCGCGAGGGCAGCGAUGAGGGAGAGGAGAGAGGGCCGAUUCGAUGCGUACCUGCAGGAACAGGUAGAGGCGUCUUUUGGUGGACAGACGGAGGGCGUUGACCCUGUCGGUGGUGGUGGUGGUGGUGCUGACGGUACGAUGGGGGAUGGCGCCCGUGCCAGUGCCAGUGCCAGUAGUGAUGAUGGAGAGUGGAAGGGUCGUUGA